AUGCAACCGUCUUCAUCCGAGAGCGACUCUCUUCGCAGACGGCGUUUCCGGGUCCAGAGUGAGUUUGGCAGUGCUCGGCAAUGGAGGAGCCGGAAGAAUCGUCCCUGCGACACCUGCCGCCGGCGGAAGACUGCCUGUGUCAUCGAAGAUCGACCGCCAUGUCUGUUUUGUAAAGGUCGAGGGUUGGAUUGUCAAUCCACUUCUGACCCUAUACAGCACUCAAGGGCCCAUUCUACUAACGAAGAUACCGAGCCCUUGGUUUCAUUGGAACCACCGGCAGAACCGUGUCCUCAGGAGGAACGAGUCUCAGCUGAGCAGAUCAGCCCUGGUGACAAUGUUCCCCGUCAAGCUCUCCUCUCCCCAAGCGCCAGUGUGGACGACAUGUACCUCCGAGACUGGCUUCGAAAGCCACCUCCGACAACUCCCAGCAGCAGCAAUGCUUCACGUUCGCUGGAACCCAAAGUGCACACCCUGGAAGAUGGCAAAAAUAUGACGGGCCACUCGCUCGGCUUAGCUGCCGAGCAAGACACCAACCUCCUUGCCUCCUUCCGAUCGGUGAUCAUCAAUGAGACGGACCGUGUGGCCGGCAAUAUCGUCCAGGUAUACCCUGGAAAUCUUGCCACAGGGACACCGCCUCUGCAUUUCUAUAUCCUGAGGGAUUGGUUCAUGCCGUACGACAAUCGGAUAAAAGAAGAAUCGUCCCAAACCAUUGAAUUCAAAAUUGGACCAUAUGGCCCGAACCUUGUCCGCCUGUACUUCAAAUACGUCCAUCCUGUCUACUGUGUCGUCUCCAAAGUGCGCUUCCUUCGAGCUUAUAAGCAGGAUAAGCUGAGUAUUCCAGCAUCACUACGGGGAGUUGUCUAUGGACUAGGCGCUGCCUUCUGGAAGCAAGAUCCCCUGUUGAGGGCCAUUCCACGCCCCUUCGAACAAUACGAACUGUUCCACGCGGCCCAAGCUUCCCUCGACAGGGAGCUGGAGGCACCCAACCUCUGGAAAUUGCAGGCCUGCUUACUGAUGUUACACGAGAAGGCUGCCGGGAACGGCACAUUUGAGACACCGAGGAUGUGGACUCUGUCCGCACAAGCGCUCGCAUGUGCCCAAAUGAUAGGGCUUCACCGCGAUCCAUCGGACUGGAACAUUGCUCCCUGGGAAAAGAGUCUGAGAAAGAAGCUGUGGUGGGCCACCUUCGUGACUGACAUGUGGUCGUCGGUUAUGCAUGGGAACCCUCCUCAUAUCUACCAAGCCUCAUACACCACCACAGACAUGGACAUGGAUGAUUUGAGGUUCGACGAGGAUGUCCCCGAAGAUCUCAGAGACCUGGUCGACAUUACAAGUGCCAGCUUCGACGUUUCCACCGCCGCUCGGUUUCUUGAACAGAUCAAACUAACCCAAAUACUCCAGAGACUACUAGACACAGCUUUCUCUGAUCACAGUUACCGAGCCCCCAUCUUGGAUCCCGAGGGCCAGGAGACCAAACUCCUGGAGAUCCAGUCAGAACUUCAGUCGUGGCACUCCUUGAUCCCACAGUGUGUCACCAUGAGUUAUACUACAAGCCGAUAUAGUUUUCGCAAUAAUGGUCCCCUCCACCUCGCCUAUUUCGCAACCCAAGUGCUUCUCUUUCGAGCGUUGAUGACACCGGCCUCGAUGGCUGCGAAAGGGAAUCCACAUUCAAGUCUACGACGAUACUUUGAGGCUGCCAUAGAGCAGUUCAGCGACUUUUUAGACUUCAUGGACGAAAUCACACCCGAUGGUCUACGGGCGUUCUGGGGCCGACAUGCACGGUCCCAGUUCAUUCUUACCGGAAAUUUUCUGGUAUACCUCUUUCUGUUGGCCUCCAGUCCAGAUCAAGUUCGCGAGACAUUUCGACUCCUCGAGCUUUUCCAUGAAUCCCUCCAGAGACUACGCGAGCUCGUGGACGAGGAGUCCGUCGGCCUGAUACGUCCAGUCGCGCUGAGGAUCGAUUCCUUUUUCACACAGGCGGCCCAGAUUAUGCGAAGGGGCUCAACGGCGGGUUUAUACUCGGCAGGUAUGAUGGUUGACCGCCAAGAUGGGGAUUCUACCACUUCCCCAGUACAGUAA